CUCUCCUUACUUGGUCGCCACAUCCCCAGCGUACCUGAAUGACCGUCUUCCAUGACACCGCAUGCCUCAGCCAUGGCGCCGGAGGCGGCCGGCGCUGACGGCAGCCGCGGCUCCGACAUGGAGGCGGCCGCGCGGAGCAAGCCCAGGAAGCGGAAGAAGUCCAGGCCGCCGCCCAUGGAGGCGGCCGCGCAGAGCAAGCCCACGAAGCGGAAGAAGAAGGUCGCGUCCUCCAGCGCGGCGGCUGCCGGGCCCGCGACCCCCUCGUUGCCCAGCGGCGGCGACGGCACCGGCGACGGUCAGCAGCAGCAGCUGGCGGCCGGCGACGACGGUCAGCAGCAGCGCGGGAAGCAGAGGGUCGUGUGGACCGAGGAACUGCACGACAUGUUUCUGAAGGCGUACAACAUCCUCGGGGAAGAUGCUGUGCCGAAGAAAAUAUUGGCCUUGAUGAACGUUGAUGGAAUUACCAGAGAGAAUGUGGCAAGCCACCUUCAGAAAUAUCGGUUGAGUUUGAAGCAGGAGGAGAAGCGCGUCCCUGACAAAGGAGACGAACGGCCAAACCUUCAAGCAGAAGCUUCUUCCUCUCAAACGCUUUUGCCUACUACUCCGUCUCCGCAUCCUCCUCCGGCUCAAGCUCAAGAACCAGCUCCGUCGUCCUCUCUGCACCCCCUUCCUCCUCAAGCGCCCUUCGCAUCUCUCAACGUGUCCCAACUGCAGGUAGGGCAUCAUGGCCAGCAGGUACUCCAGACACCACCAGAUUGCCUCGGCAGCAACAGUACCGCAACGGACUUGCUCCUUGGUCCGGGAUUUCCCAUGGCGCAGCCGAUCCAGCAGCGCUUAUUUACGCCGCCGCCGCCACUGGAGGCCACCGUCGCUACGCGGCGGAAGCUCUUCAAGAAACAACAAGAAGCGGGGCGGGACAACGCCGCGGCUUCAGGCUACAGUUCCGUGCUCGUAGGGCCAAGGGCAAGGGCCACCAAAGAAGAAGAGGGGCAAGGGCCACCUGCCGAACCAGAAGCGGCUGAGAUUGCCGCCGGACCUGAAGAGGGACAAGGGCGAGCCAGCGAACCAGGAGCUGCUGCUGCUGGCUCCGUGAGUCCGCCUGGCAGCAGCAUCCAUGGACAAUACUGGAAGAUUGACGACGCCGAGGUUUCAUGGGACUUCGGAUUCCUUUGGUACCCGACGGCGGCCGCAGCGCGGAACAAACCCUAAUGGACAGGGUCGCUUAAUUUGCUUGGUGCCUCUUUUUUGGUAAUGUGACUCAUAGGGAUCUGUCGGUUCGCUAGCUAGUUUCGCUUGGUGCUUUUCCUUUGUCAUGGACUCUGAUGGUUUUUUCCUGAUGUGUGAGAACGUUGGUUAU